AUGGUAUACAUGUUAAUAUAUCAUGAGUUACGAAAUGAUCAAGUCAAGUUUGCUAAGCAGAUAGAAAAAUGGAAAGAAGACGAUAAAAGUUUUAAAAGUACCAACGGAUCUAACGCUGUCCUUAAAUCGAUUCAGGAACAGCCAUCUGUAGCUAUUACAGGAAGUUUUGGUGUUGGAAAAACCGCUAUCCUCUACCACGUAGCUAUAGAAAUGUGUUCAAAAGGAUAUAUUGUUGUCCCUAUAGGAGGACCUUUGGAAGUACAAAAAUAUAACCAUCCUGUUGAGAAGAAUUUGUUCAUAGUAGAUAAUUUUUGCGAUGAAUGCGAUUUAGACGAAGAAGAAGUUGAGGCAUGGAACAACUGUAAUGUAGAGUUCGAUGAAAAAUGUAAAUUACUUGUAUCGUGCAAACUGCAGGUUUAUAGAUCAAUGAAACAUGCCAAACUGGAAAACAUUAGUUUUCAUGAAUGUAACUUGCUUUCAAAUGUUUUAUGUUUAUCUCGAGAAGAAAGGCAAACAAUCGCAAAAGAAAAGUAUGGAAUUGACAUAGCUGAUAUUGAUGAGUAUAUUGAAUUAUACAACUGUUUUCCCCUUUUAUGCCAGUAUUUUAUUAAAUCAAAUAAUAAUGUUAAUGAGAGGGCCUUCUUUGAAAAUCCAUUUGAAGUUUUUGAAACACAAUUUAAAAUGUUGCAGGAGGUAUUUGCCUAUGGUAAAGUCUCCGCAUUAAUGACCUUACUAAUGUUUGAUGAUAAUGUCCGCGAAGUUAUGAUCUUGGGAGAUAUUAAUGCCGACGACAAAGAUAUUCUUUUAAAUACAAGCAAAGCCUGCAAAUUAAAUUCGGCAAAUGUAUACAACACAAUACACAGAGAACUCGAAAGCUUGAUCGACACGUAUCUUGUGAAAAGGGAAGGUAUUUACCAUGCUCUAAAUGAGAGAAUAUUAAACUUUCUAAUACGUUAUUUUGGAAAGCAAAUGACAGAACUGCUAAUACAGCAUUCUUGUCGCUCCUUCUUCCAAACCAGAUUACAGUUGUCUGACCCGUCAAAGGAGAAACAAGAUUAUGAAUUGUCCAAGACGGUUGGAAAAAGUGAAAAAAAAACUGAAUACACUUAUCAUGAAACAUGGGAUAAAGUUGGUCAGAAUGUAGUUGUACUAGAGAGUGAAGAAUAUCGAAAGCUUUAUGUAAAUCGAAUGUUUACAGACUGGUCAAAGGGAUAUGUGAAAGAUGCUUUCAAAAAUCCAAAUUUUGUUCAUGUAUUUUCGUUCAAGUACUUAGAGAAGAAAGAUAAAGAUGAAUUGAAGCAGUUAACCGAAAUAACAGAUUUAACCGAUGGCUCGACACCUCUAAUUGCCUACUUCGAUGAUAGAACAUAUACACAUUCUCCUUCCGAAAAUGUGUACGAUAUAGCUUUCCAUUGGUUAAUUGAUUUCGGGUGCUCUGUAAAUAAACCAAAUGUUAACGGAGAGACUGCACUUUUUCUAGCUGUGUCGAACGGUACCGUAGAUGUGGUAAAGCUUCUGUUAGAUAAUGAAGCCGACAGUAAUAUAUGCACAAACGAAGGCUAUUCGCCAUUAUAUAAGGCUUGUGAAAAAGAUAACAAUGAAGUAGUAAAUCUUUUGCUUUCUUCUGGGGCGGACUGCAAUAAGUGUUCGAAAAAUGGCGAUUCGCCAUUGCAUGCUGCUUGUUCUGGUGGAUAUAUAUCUAUUGUAAAUAACUUACUAAAAAACAAUGCUGAUGUAAAUAUAAGAAAUAAAGAAGGUUACACGCCACUCGAUGUGGCUCGUCUAAAUGAUCAUCAAGACAUUAUAAAUGAGUCCUGUAACAGUUAA